AUGCAGAGACAACAAUACCCUCUUCCACCUCCGCGGAACCAGCAGGGUGGUUACUACGCUUCAUCACCUGUCUCCUCCAUCAGCUCUACGUCAACGACUGCUCAGCGACCUCCAUCAGAACCGGGUUGUGGCUCUACAUCUCACCGUGGCCCUGGCAACGGGCUCAAGAUAUCUAAUCUUAUCUACACCUCUGCUCCGCAUAACCAGCAGAUGCCUAUGAGCAACACAUAUCAUCCACAGUAUGACUAUCCGCAAAUGCAACAUGGCGAGCGGCCCGGCUUGUUGCUCAGCCCUCUCCAUAACGGUUCGAUGUCGGACGCUUCCAGCUCCGCAAGCCACAUAGCCCCUCCCCUUCCUCAGCAAUCACAUAAGCGCGCUUACAGGCAACGGAGAAAGGACCCCAGCUGUGAUGCUUGCCGUGAAAGAAAAGUAAAGUGUGAUGCUUCGGAUUCGUCGAGCUUUCAAGAUCUUGAGAGGCAGCUCGCUCAAGCAAAACUUCAAUUACAGCAAUUACGCUCUGGGGCCCCAAAGGCUGCUAGCCUUAUGGGAUCCGAUUCUGAUGUCAAUGACGAUAUUCCAACAAUUCCGCAUAUAGGGGCUCAACCCCUUCGUCUUAAUACUCCGAAUGUGAAUUACGACUUCUCUCGUGUAUGUUCUAAUAUGCGAGUAUACGGGCAGGGCCUUCUUCAUUUCCCACAGACUCCCUACUUUCUCCGACUACAACCUGUUCUAGGCACAGAUGCGCCUCCCCUCCCACCGACAAAUAUUGCACAUGUUUUGAUGCGGCAUUACUUCUCAUGUGUCCAUUGCCUAUAUCCGGUCCUACAUUGGCCUACCAUCUUACACGUCUAUGAGAGAGUACAUCAGACGGGAACACUCCAAGGCGUCUCGCGUGGUUGGGCUGCUGUAUUUUUUGCCCUUUUAGGGUGUGGAUCACUGCAUUCCCUUGAUGCAGACUUGAUUGCUAAAGGCAAGGAAUAUAUCAAAACUAGCAUGGGUUUGAUUGACCUUUGGGAAGAUACUUUUUCCAUCGAACAGGCUCGCGGCGCGAUGCUGGUGAGCAUCUAUUUGUCCGAGCUCAAUAUCAACUCAGUCAGUUGGGUAUGGCUUGGUGCUGCAGUACGUAUCGCCCAAGACCUUGGUUUCCAUAUGGAGUCAGGGCCGUGGGAACCUAUGGAUGGUGAAAUGAGGAAGCGUGUUUGGUGGUCAAUCUACUCGUGGGAAAGACUGAGUGCUUUGGAGCUUGGCCGGCCGCUUGCAAUCAACGAUGAUGACUGUGACAUUGGCCUUCCCUCCUCCAUCGAAGAACAACUUAUACAAGAGGGCAACCCGACAUCAGAUCAAAAGUCAAAUCCAUUACUUGUUAUCGUCCAUAUAAUGCGCUGCGUAUCUCAACUCACUAAAGCUUUCAAAAGUUUGGUUAUAUCGUGUGAUACCCUGGAUUUAUUUGACCGCCAUUUUAGAACCUGCUUGAACAACUUUCCUGCAAAUUAUCACAUGCAGUCAAAUCAAUAUCUCGAUCCACGGUCACUUUCUCCUGUUAUAAUCCUACAGAACACACGACUAGUGUUGCAUCGUCAUAAUCUCUCUCCUGCAUGCCCAGCAGAGACCAGAAAUUCUGCCAUGGACCACUGCUUAGCGGUUGCGCGCGAUACUACUGGUAUUUUAACACGAUGCAUGCGCUCACCAACUUCUGCCGAAUCUGGUACCCCAUCUAAAGCAAAUGGAGAUGAUUGGCGCUACCUUUUAGCUGCUGCUGCCACUUCUGUUAUAUGCAAGCAUAUUUGGCGAUGCAUUCUGCUGUUAUUAUGUCGAGCUGAUUACGCGGCUGCGCUGGUAUGUAUCCAAGCCUGCUCUGCAAUCGGGGAUGCUAGGGCGGUAAAUGUUGCUUCAGGCCGAUACAUUGCCUUCUUUUUAAAACUCCUGGUCGACAAGCGACAGGCCGGAAGAGCCCUGAGUAUCGAAGAAGAUGAGGAAUUAAUGGCGUACGUUUCGGGUGAUCUCCAGAGUUCGAUGGAUAAUUCCUGGGUUUGGAGGUCAACUGGUCCCAAUUCCGCCUUAGACCCAGGCGUAGCAUCUCCAUCUGCUGCGUCAAACUCACCGAAUUCGCCUUUAAAGGCAGAGCCAGUGGAGAGCAACCGCUCAGAUAUAGUCAACCCGGAAGAUCAGACACCAGAGUGGGAAGGAUGGGCUUGGGUCGAAAUGGUAACACAGCGCUUAUUGUCUGAGCAUCAGCAACAGCAGCAGAAUACCAUUUCUACAAAUGGCCAAGACGCUUCACGACUGGAUCGCCCACCUCCCAAUGGGAUCAACUCUUCCUGCCGCCCACCGGAGACAGCCAACAGCACGUGCCCAAAGAGCAAUAUCUCCAAGAUGACGAUCGCAAAUAUUAUAUGA